GUGGAGUGCAGAAGGUGACACAGAGAGGGAGAGAGAGAGAGUGGUGGGGACCGAUCCACCGCCCAUACGCACGCAGUCUUGCUCUUACCAAAACCAAACCCAUCUCUGAUCUAUUUUUUCUCAAAUCUAACCCUAACCCCAGAUACAACAUCAAAAGGUCGAGACUUUAGACCCAUCUUCUCUCUUCAUAUCUCCUAAUUCUUUAUCAACGCAACGCCACAGUGCUUAUGCUGAAUUCUGCUCUGAAUUUGGUGGCUGACACCAAAAUUUUUCACCCAUAUGUUUCCUUUCUGGGUGAGGCCUAGCUAGCUAUUACCCUCAUCUUCAUUACUCAAAUUCUUCUUCUUCUUCUUCUUCUUCUUCUUGUUUGUUUCUCUUUGCUUCUGCUUUAACCGUUUCCUUCAAACGUUAGCAUUUGGUGAUCCUUUUUGUCUUUCCAUUAGUUCUUGUGUUCGUCUCUCUACCCACUUAGGUCUUGUUUAAGUGAAUAGGGCUUUGUUUUUAGAUACUUAAAGGAAGAGAUAAGGUCAAAGAAACCAAGGAAAGAAAAAUGGAUCCAGUAACGGCUCAUGGGCAUUCUCUUCCGCCUCCUUUCCACACAAGAGAUUUCCAGUUACACCAGCACCAAUUUCCCCACCACCAGCAACACAACUCAGAAGAUGAGCAAAGCGGCAGUAGUAGCGGCGCCGGCCUUAACAAGUCGCAGAAACGAGAGCGGGAUGAAACUAGCAAUAACAACAGCGAAGGCAAAGAAUUGAUCCCAACUGGCUCAGGUGGAGAGAUCAAUAGAAGACCCAGAGGCAGACCCGCCGGAUCCAAGAACAAGCCUAAGCCCCCAAUUAUUAUCACCCGCGAUAGCGCCAACGCUCUGCGUACUCACUUGAUGGAGGUCGCUGAUGGGUGUGAUAUUGUUGAAAGUGUAGCCACAUUUGCUAGAAGGAGGCAAAGAGGAAUUUCCAUUAUGAGUGGAACUGGAACUGUAACCAAUGUAACUCUGAGGCAACCAGCUUCGCCAGGUGCAGUUGUGACCUUACAUGGUAGAUUCGAGAUAUUAUCACUAGCUGGCUCAUUCCUGCCACCGCCUGCACCACCUGCUGCCACGGGCUUGACCAUAUAUUUGGCAGGUGGACAAGGACAAGUGGUGGGUGGGAGUGUUGUUGGUACCCUUACUGCUUCAGGUCCUGUUGUGAUUAUGGCUGCUUCAUUUAGUAACGCUGCUUAUGAGAGGCUUCCUCUAGAAGAGGAGGAUCCACAGCUACCUAUGCAAGGGGGUGGAAUUGGGUCACCAGGAGCGGUUGGGCAACAGCAACAGCAGCAGCAGCAGGCUUUGGGAGAGGCAAACGCGCAGCUCUUUCAUGGAUUGCAGCCUAAUCUCCUCAAUUCAAUUCAAUUACCAGCUGAGGCAUACUGGGCCACUGGUCGACCUCCCUACUAACUAAAACACUGAUUCUCAAGGCUGUAAUAGUUCAGUUUCCCAUCACACCUUCAGCUAUAGUUAUCGUCAAGAGGUGACAGACUUUGUAGCUAGCUAGAAGAAUUUGGUUUGUUGAGCAUUUUCAGGUUUCAUUUCUCUUUUAUUUUCCUGAGUUGCUGUUUUGCAUUUGAUGAUGAUUAGCUUAUAUAUGACUGAUUUGUGAUUGGAC